ACGGCCAGCCAGCUUCAUAUCCAAUCAGAAUCAACCAUGCAGUCACUGGACUGGAAUCAGCGAGUCCGCAUGUCUGCUGUCCCUGUCUGUCUGUGUCGAGUUGGAACCGCCGGUCUGGAACCCCCCUCACAUUGAAAUGGGCGGUCUGGAAACACAGUGAGAGGAACCUCAGGUGCUUUACUCUGCUGACGAUAUUGACAGCAGCACCGUGCACCGAUAUAUUGUUUACAUUUUUUUUUUUUAAAGAGAAAGAAUAGCGACAACUCCGAUUUACGUUUUGUGAAUUAGCGGUGCAUUUUUUGAGCCAACAAUGGGGAAAGUGGAAGGAGGAAUGAAAUGUGUCAAAUAUCUACUUUUCAUCUUCAACUUCAUAUUCUGGUUGAUGGGCUCGUUGGUCCUUGCAGUCGGGCUCUGGUUGCGGUUCGAUCCUGAGACCGUCGCUCUGCUGAACGGAGACGGGGCGCCAGACACCUUCUUUUAUGGUGUGUAUAUCCUGAUCAUAGCGGGCAGUCUAGUGAUGUUGGUGGGAUUCUUUGGCUGCUGUGGAGCCAUACGAGAGUCCCAGUGUCUGCUGGGGUCGUUCUUUGCCUGCCUGCUGAUAAUCUUUGGCGCUGAGGUUGCUGCUGGUGUGUUUGGCUUCUUGAACAAAGACAAGAUAAUCGAAGAUGUCCAGAACUAUUACAUCAAAUCCUACAACGACAACAAAAACAACAACACAAUGUUACACAACUCUUACCACAAAGUUCUCAACUGUUGUGGGACGUCCCAGAGCUUCUGCCCUGAGGCCCCAGCUGACACCAAGGACUGUGAGGUGGGCAUCAAGGAGUUCUUCAACAGUAAACUCUACAUCAUCGGUUACGUGGGGAUCGGUAUCGCAGGAGUCAUGGUUAUAGGGAUGAUCUUCAGUAUGGUGUUGUGCUGUGCCAUCCGCAACAGCAGGGAGAUCAUGUAACCAGGCAGAGCUUCCACUCCUCCAGUCCCCCCACAACAGCCCAACUCCCGUCCCCCACAACAGCCCAACUCCCGUCCCCCACAACAGCCCAACUCCCGUCCCCCACAACAGCCCAACUCCCGUCCCCCACAACAGCCCAACUCCCGCCCCCCACAACAGCCCAACUCCCGUCCCCCACAACAGCCCAACUCCCGUCCCCCACAACAGCCCAACUCCCGUCCCCCACAACAGCCCAACUCCCGUCCCCCACAACAGCCCAACUCCCGUCCCCCACAACAGCCCAACUCCCGUCCCCCACAACAGCCCAACUCCCGUCCC